GAGCAGCAUUCCCAUGGUCUGUCCCUGUUGCAGGAGGAGCUGCGACCUCGGCUGUGCCGCAUGAAGAAGGGUCCCAAUGGCUUCGGCUUCAACCUGCACAGUGACAAGAGCCGUCCGGGGCAGUACGUCCGUGCCGUCGAUCCUGACUCGCCGGCUGAGGCGGCCGGGCUGGCCCCCCAGGACCGCGUCAUCGAGGUGAACGGUGUGUGCAUGGAGGGCAAGCAGCACGCUGACGUGGUGGCAGCCAUCAAGGCGGGUGGCGACGAGACCAGGCUGCUGGUGGUGGACGUCCUCACAGAUGAGUUCUUCAAGAAGUGCAAGGUGGUGCCCUCUGAGGAGCACCUGGCAGGUCCCUUGCCAGAACCAGUUGCCAACGGCGAUAUAGGGAAGGAAAACAAUGAAGAGCCGCGGUCCAACUCGGUGUCCGAGAGCCCGACCAGCCCUGGGCCACUGGCCGUGUCCCCCGACUCCGCGGACACGCACACCCCGCCUGACACACAGGAGGGUUACAAGCGCCAUUCGGCAUCCGGCUCCCUCCUGGACCUCGACAUCCCACUGGCAGUGGCCAAGGAGCGGGCGCACCAGAAGCGCACCAGCAAGCGGGCACCCCAGAUGGACUGGAGCAAGAAAAACGAACUGUUUAGCAAUCUGUGA